CAAACACCACCUCGCAUUUUCUCCAGCACGACCACCAUCUACCAAAAAUGCGCGACCUCAACCCCGUCCGCACGAUCCCCAACCUUCGCGACCUCGGCGGCGUACCUGCAUCCGCCAACCGCGUCAUCCGCAGCGGCAUUGUCUUCCGCGCCGCCGCCCCGUCCUCAGCCGCCGAGCACAACGAGUCCAUAUCCGCCGCCCUGACCGAGCGAAAGAUCCAAAACACAUACGACCUCCGCUCUCUAGUCGAAGUAGCGCGCUACGACCAGAGCAACGAGCAUGCGUCUGGGAUCCUGCCGCCCGGCGUAGAGCGCAUCCCCGUCCCCGUCUUCAAGGACCAGGACUACUCCCCCGAAGCCAACGCCGUGCGGUUCAAGGACUAUGCCGACGAAGACAGCAUCCGAGGCUUCACUGCUGCAUACAAGGCUAUCUUGGAGGCUGGAUCUCCGGCGUUUGGCACAAUCCUGAAGCAUCUUGCUGUUGCCCCGCCGGCCACUCCGGCACCGCUGCUUGUGCACUGCACGGCGGGCAAGGACCGCACGGGCGUCAUUGCGGCCAUCAUCUUGUCCCUGUGUGGUGUCAAGGACGAGGCUAUUGCCGAGGAAUACGGGUUGACGCAGGAGGGACUUACAGAGUGGCGCGCCAUGGCGACGGCGAGACUAUUGAAUCACCCCGCUCUCAAGGAUAACCCGGACGGUAUUGCCAGAAUGCUCAGCGCAAAGCCUGAAAACAUGCUUGCCGCACUAAAAAUGCUGCGCGAAGAGUAUGGCUCCGUGGAAGACUACGUCGUGAACAAGUGCGGCCUGACAACGGCAGAAGUCACCCAGCUUCGCGAAAACAUGACAGUCCCAGCAUAGAUUUGCGAAUUAUGGAUGAUAUAAUCACUUAGAAAAGAAACGAACGACGAUGAUAUAGAUGCAUACAAUGCG